CAAACCUUCAGAGUCCACCGAGGAGAGACACAGAGGGAGGAAGCUCAGAAACAAGCACUCACAAGACAUGUCAGUAAACUCCUCCUCAUCCUCCAGUGACUCCCUUCGUCAUCCAAACAUUUCCUCGAUUAUCUACAACCUCCCUUUAGACAUGCAUUGUUACGUCACCACACCGAGCUCCUUCAUCUUAACAUCAUUCCUCAUCACCCGCACCCUCCUCCUCCUCCCUCUCUGCAUCUUCAUCAUCUACCAUGGUCUCCAACAACGGAGACUAAAUGUCUCCACCUCCUCAGCAGCAACCAUGAGUCACUCUGACAGCUUCACCUACAACAUGGUCACCAUGGAGAUGAUUGGAGUCUUUGGGUGUAUCCUCAUGAUCUGUGGCGUCUACAGUGAUCAUUACAACAUCAUCAUUGUGGGAUUCUUUCUCUCUUUUCUCAUCUGGUACGGUGAGAUGUUCUUCCACCUCCUGACCUGUGUGGAGCGCUACCUGGCUGUGGUUCAUCCCAUCACCUACCUGAGCCUGAGAAAAGAGAGAGGGAUCAGAAUCAGGAACAUCAGCAUCGCCUGUGUCUGGCUGCUUUCUGUUGUAAUGGUGGUUCUGGUGGUGAGUGAAGAUGCUACCAUGGUGGUCGAUUCCUGCCUCUCCGUAUUUUCUUUAACAGUCGUCUCCUUCUGCAGCGUUUCUGUUCUCUGUGUUCUGAUUGGUCCAGGUCCAGGGGAACAGGGCGGGGAUAAGAAGAGGGUUGACCAAUCAAAGCUGAGGGCGUUCUACACCAUUAUGGUCAUACUGGGAAUGCUGGUGUUGAGGUUUUCAUGGAAUCUGGUUGCAAAUGUUAACUACUUGAUGGAAAAAGGUCUUGAGUGUGUGAUGAUGUCAGUUGGUGUCUGGUUUAAUCUUCCCAGCAGUCUGGUGUUACCUCUGCUGUUUCUGCACAGAGCAGGAAAACUGGUGUGUUGGAAGAAAAACAUCCAGUGAGGAAAAGGCUGGACUAGGAACAAAAAAGAAAAGUCACAUACAAGUUUGAUAAUUUUGGUGAUUUCUCAGUUAAUAUAAAAUCAGUUCCAUACUCAUCUUGUUUUCUCUUUACUAUUAGUUUCUUCUUCACUGAAUAAUACUGAUUUAACAACUAUGCAAUGUGCUACCCAUGGAUUUAUGCAACUUUACAUUUGUUUCAGCAAUUUUGUGUACAUUAGUUUCAGGGUCUCCCUAAAAAGAAAAUAUACCAGCAACUGUUACUGUAACGUAUCACUGAACUGCA